GUUAAUGUACAUUGAUUCAUUCAAAAGAAUGUUUUCACUGUAUAAAACAAUGUUGCAAAACAAAACAUAUUUCGAAGACUUCCAUAUUUUGGCAUUCUCCAACAAUCCAGAGAGACGGCCUCUUCUUUUUCUAGUAUUUUUCUUGAUCUACUUGAUCGGGGUACUUGGGAACAUUGUUUUAAUUAUGGUCACAUUUAUGGACGCUCAAUUGCAUACCCCUAUGUACUUCUUUCUUUGCAACCUUUCCACAGUUGACAUCAUUUUCACCACUGCCACCCUAUCAAAACUGAUGGAUAUUUUGCUUUCUGGGAACACAUCCAUGUCCAUCACGCAAUGCUUCAGCCAAUUGUUCUUCUUCAUAUUUGCAGCAAGCACUGAAGAUACCUUGCUGCCAACCAUGGCCUACGAUCGUUAUAUUGCCAUUUCCCACCCCUUACACUAUAACUCUAUCAUGACUAAUAAAUCAUGUGUCAUGCUUUUAAUUGCCAACUGGAUAUCUGGGUGUUUGAACUCAUUAACUCUGACUCUUGCAGCAUCCCGUUUAACUCUGUGUCAGUCAAAUAAAAUACAGCACUUCUUCUGUGAUAUUAAAGCCCUGCAGAAAAUAUCCUGCCCCGACAUAAAGUUUCUCAUCAUUAUCUAUGCCGAGGCAAUUAUACUAGGACUCCUACCAUUUAUACUAAGUUUAACAUCCUACAUCAAAAUAAUAAAGAUCAUUCUGAGCAUUAAGUCAAAAACUGGUAGAAGAAAAGCCUUCUCCACCUGCUCUUCGCACUUCACUGUUCUUGUCAUUUUCUAUGGGGCUGCAAUGUGCAUGUAUAUGAGGCCACCCUCAGAACAUUCAGAAGGAUUUGAUCAGGUAUUUUCGCUGCUCUUUGUAGCUGUAACACCGUUUUUAAACCCACUUAUUUAUAGUUUAAGAAAUAAGGAAGUAAAAGGGGCUUUAAUGAGGUUAGUAGGACUUAAGAAAAGUGAUCCAAAAUUGUUCAAAACAUAG